CAACUAGAUUUUCCAUACAGAACAAGCAAAUUAACUAAAAGUUAACAUAGCAUUUAUAUAGUCAUUUUCAAGUCAGAUACUAGUAUGUAUUGUAUACCAUAAUCACUGUAUACUAAUGGCGGAAUAUCAUAUAGCUAGAACAGGAAAUAGAUUUUAACUGUUCUAAAUAGAUUAGAGCUAUAUCUAUAUACAAGUAUAAGGUCACGCGUGACAAGAAAAAAUAUGGUUACAUGACAUAGCGAACAGUGACUCGGAUUGAAAAUUACAACUGUCAAGUGACACAUACACUAACGGCUGAACCAACUGGCAGCUGUUGUUUUAUUCAAAGGGAAAACCAAUUACUUUCUUGUAAACAUACAUUUAUAUAUAAUGCGGAUGGAUAAUAUCUACGCGCCAUAUUUAUUUUAAUCACUGUGAAGGCAUACUACGAAUACGGUGUAUGUGUACUUUUGAGGAGUAGAAUGAUAAAUGUGUUAAAUGUGAGUGGCCUUGCGAAUGUUAUUGAAAACGAGAAAUAUUUUAGGUGUUAGUUAAUCGCAGUAUGGCGACAUUUGUCGGAAUAGGUUGUAUGUCUGGAUCAUCCCUAGAUGGUUUGGAUAUUUGCUGCGUUGAGUUCACGGGUGACGUCUGCUCCGAUUUGUGGGGCUAUCGUAUACUGACUGCCGAGACUGUACCAUAUGCCACAGAGUGGACUGACAGGCUUAGAGAUGCUGCAAAACUUUCAGGCGCGGAUCUUAUUAAACUGCACGUGGAUUACGGGCAAUUUGUUGGGCGAACUGUAUCAGAAUUUAUAGAAAAGAACAAAUUAGCGAACGUUCAGUUUGUUUCAUCACACGGACAUUCAGUUUUCCAUCAGCCUACUGACGGAUUUACUUUUCAACUUGGUGAUGGGCAGACAACAUCAACGCAUCUUACAAUUCCAUAUGUCUGCGACUUUCGAACCAAAGAUGUUUGUCUUGGUGGUCAAGGGGCACCACUUGUCCCGUGCGGAGAACGUUUCUUAUUUACAAACAAUGAGAUGUGUGUCAAUUUAGGAGGAAUAGCAAAUAUCGGUAUCAAAGGACACAGCGGUUACGACGUUUCCACGUGCAAUAUCGUGCUUAACCGUCUCGCUUCGCAGAUAAAUGGCAAAUUCCUUUUUGACAAGGACGGUCAGCUAGCACGGAGUGGAAAAAUUGUCAGUGAGGUACUUGAAAAACUGAAUGACUUGUCCUAUUUCAGACAGCCCCCUCCAAAAUCUCUGUGGAGAGAUUACAUUGAAAAAGAAGUAUAUCCGCUAUUGAAUAGGGAGCAAUACAAAGUGGAAGAUUUGUUGCGCACAUGCACAGAACACGUGGCAUUAAAGGUUGCCGAAGCAUGCAUUGAUGCCAAAGAGCUAAUGCCUAACAACGUCAGUGUCCCAAGCGUUCUUUUUACAGGAGGAGGAGCGCUGAAUAAAUUCCUAAUUGAAUUAAUCAACGAAAAGUUAGAGGGUAAAGGGUUUAAAGUGGAAAAAGCAGAUGAGGAUACGAUCAAUUUCAAAGAGGCGUUGAUUUUCGCUUUUCUGGGAUUAAGGUGCUUGCUUGGCGAGGAAAAUGUAUUCCGAGAAAUAACAGGUUCCUCAAGUGACACCAUUUCAGGCAGUAUUCAUAGACCUCUGCCAACUCGCACUGCUAAACCGAUCAGUCUGCUGAAUGCGAGAUAAUCGUGCAGUUUACACGUGAUGAGUCACUUUCACAUAAACAACGUUGCUGUAAAUGCGUUAUAAGUAUGUAAUCGGAAAUCACUCAAAUUUAAGUUACAGAUUCUUAGUAAGAUAUUCAAGUGAAAUUAUUGUGGCAUAUUUCUUACAGAAAUAUAGUACCCAAAUAUUAGCCAAAUAUAGACAAUUUCAACGGUGUCUUCUCAUUUCUUAAAACUUAUACGCAAGUAUAUAAAAGUAGUUUAAAGUACACAAUUGUUAUGAAACUAACUAACUGUUCUUGUGUUGUGACAAAUGCCCACGUUAGUAACUGUCACCAAGUAAUGACAAGACAAUUCAUUUUAAUUUUGUGAGUCAAGAUAUUAACUAAAAAAUCCAUAAGGUACUACUAGUGGUCCUUAUUACACAUGAAUGACAAAAAAUUAAACUUAUUAUGAGGGGCAUUAUAAUUUAUAUCAUAGGGCAUUGACACUUGAACCAUAUUGCUAAAGGAAGGUUAGUUGGUAUAAAUUUUCAUUCAACCUUCUUUAACAAUAUUAGCUUUCCUCCAUAUUAUAUUACCUUCUUGUCAUUCAUUUUAUAAUUAUGAUAGUUAUCAAGGGUCGUAAAGCUACUAAACUCCUUGCUGUUAUCUGCCAACUUCAAGAAACUGUUUUAAUAGAAAAUAACAGGUUCGAAUAUUGUUAGGUUAACCAGAAGAAAGAAUUUUUUGACCAUCCUUACGUCUUGUACAGGGUUAUGGACAUAAUGUAUGUUUUGCAUUCCGUUUUGAAAGCAUGACAGUAUCGUUGGGAAAUAUUCGUUUUAAAAUGUCCAUCUCAUUUAACCUCUGUAAUUUAUUAAACUUUUAGCAGAAGGAGGAAAAGAGCAAACAGUAUACUGGAUUUUAGAAUCUUUUUUUUUUUCUGUUAGGAAGACUUUUUAUGCCCCCGAAGGGAGGCAUAUAGUUUUUGAACCGUCUGUCGGUCUGUCCGCAUUUUUCGUGCCCGGUCCAUAUCUUUGUCAUCGAUGGAUGGAUUUUCAAAUAACUUGGCAUGAAUGUGUACCACAGUAAGACGACGUGUCGCGCGCAAGACCCAGGUCCGUAGCCCAAAGGUCAAGGUCACACUUAGACAUUAAAGGAUAGUGCAUUGAUGGGCGUGUCCGAUCCAUAUCUUUGUCAUCGAUGGAUGGAUUUUCAAAUAACUUGGCAUGAAUGUGUACCACAGUAAGACGACGUGUCGUGCGCAAGACCCAGGUCCGUAGCUCAAAGGUCAAGGUCACACUUAGACAUUAAAGGAUAGUGCAUUGAUGGGCGUGUCCGGUCCAUAUCUUUGUCAUCGAUGGAUGGAUUUUCAAAUAACUUGGCAUGAAUGUGUACCACAGUAAGACGACGUGCCGUGCGCAAGACCCAGGUCCGUAGCUCAAAGGUCAAGGUCACACUUAGACGUUAAAGUUCAUUUUUCAUGAUAGUGCAUUGAUGGGCGUGUCCGGUCCAUAUUUUUGUCAUUCAUGCAUGGAUUUUAAAAUAACUACGCAUGAAUGUGUGACACAGUAAGACGACGUGUCGCGCGCAACACCCAGCUCCGUAGGUCAAAGGUCCUAAACUCUAACAUCGGCCAUAACUAUUCAUUUAAAGUGCCAUCGGGGGCAUGUGUCAUCCUAUGGAGACAGCUCUUGUUUAUCAGGAUAUUUGGUGUAGCCUAUAUAUUUUGUCCUCUUGUACCAGAUAAAAGUCAUGUCUUAUCAUGACCUGCCUUUACAUGUUUGCAGAGUGUUUUGUACCUGAAGCUUAAUCUAUGUCAAACAGAUUAUGAAACACUGAAAAUAACAAAUGUUGCAUUUGUGUCCUCAGAUAAUAACUGCUAAUAGGAACUUUGACCUAAAACUGAACGAUAGCAAAUAAUGUUUAUGAAAAACCAAAAGAUUACAUCCCUGAACAUGCAAUAUAAAUGUAUAAGAUUCUGUAUUAAUCAGGCUUUCUACCAAGCUUGGGACAGCAUAUUUCUUCAAAUCAGUGUCUUAAGAAAACAAAGAAAAACACGUUUAACACAAUGCUGAACUACUAAUGUCUAAAAUUAACGGCACUAAUACAUUUGUCUGCCAAAGUUUACAAUCAGCUUUUUGUCAACUUGACUUACAAGAAAUCAGUUUCCGUUUGUCCUGCCAACCUAUAUAUUUUGAGGUUUACAUUGGAGAUAACUUUACUGCUUUUUAAUGUUUACUGCGUAAUAGCUCGCAAUGUAUAGUAUGUCUUUGCAUAUCAGUCAAAUGAACCCAUUACCGAUGCAGUUUGACAUGAAACUAAGCAGAAGCAAUCUUUUAUGACUUCUAAGUAUCUGCCACACUAAAAUGAUCUUAUGUAACUAUCCGUCAGUUUGAAAGUCUUUCAUUACCCCUGAACUAAGAUUUUAUGUUGGUCGCGGCAGGCACAACUGAUACCCCUGGUUACCGUCCAGUGUAGGCUUGAAUCAAGUGUCGAUGUUUUAAUAUUCAGGUAAUAAUUCUACCCCUGCGUUGUUAGCUUAUUUCUAAACCUGUUUUCAUUUCCCCUUGUUGUAUUAUAAUCCUUUUGCUAGUGUUUUAGUUAAUCAGCACGACUUUCAAUACUCAAUGUUAUCUAAAUGGCCAGUUUUCAGAAAUCUGUCACACAGAAAAAUGAACAAUUUAGGAAAAAUCAAUCAAAUUUGAAACUUCGCGAAAAAUAUAUAAAUACGAAAACAUAUUUAACUUGAUAUAAAUUUCCUCCAUUGAUACAUUUCUGAAAUAAACCUGAAUUGCUGUCUAUGA